AUGUGGCAGCUGCAGCUGCCUGCCAGCAGGCUCUCCAGCAAGAGGUCACGGCGGCGUUUGGAGAUGCUCGAGUACACCUCGCAGGUUCUCGUUUGUACGGGGCCGCGCUUCACGAUGCGGACGUGGACUUGCUGGUGGUCGGACUCUGCGCAGGCGGCACUGUCCGCGAGCUCUGACCGCAACCUGCGUCCCAAGGAUAGAUCUCGUCUUUUGGGUGCCAGAGCCGCCGUUCAGCUUCGGCGCCACAUGGAAGGCGAUGCAGCCACCAGGUCCUGGAACUGCCCGGAGGCGGUGCUCGACACCCGCCGGCCGGGGCGCUGA